AUAUCAUUAGUCAAUUAAUUGAUGUUGGGGAAGGAAAAGAGUAGAAUUGCAGUUGCAAUGGCGAGGCGAUCGUACAAGACGGGGUUGGGAUGCGUGGCCUGCGAGGAACUGAGUGAACUCGGAGCGGGUAAACCGGGUUGGCUCGUCGACAACUCCAAUCUCCUUUGCGCCAUCGAUACUCACUCUCUUCUCAUCGCAAAUCGUUCCGCCAUUCUUCUCCUCUCGUGGUCCGAAUCCAACGGAUCCCCCCUCAAGAUCCAACCCGAAUUAUCCCCCAUCGACUCCGAGUCCAUCUCCGCCAUCGAAUUCCUCGUCUUCGACGACGUUCGCGUCAUCGUCGCCGGCACAUCCUCCGGCUACCUCCUCCUUUACUCCUUGCGCGGUGAAUUGAUUCACAGACAGAUCAUUUAUCCUGGACGAGUAUUGAAGUUAAGAGUUCGUGGAACAAAGAAAGAUUUGAUUCAAGAUAGUUCCCCAGAAGAGUUUUGUGUCGUUAUGCCAGGUGUAAUUGCCCGUUUUGAUGGCUCUGAUAUUCAGAAUAUGCUGCAGAAAUGGUUUGAAGAAGAACACUCUCGAUUUUGGGAUAAAAAACCAAAGAGCCAAGAUUCAGAAGAUUUUAGGAAUUCUGAUGUAAAAUUACCUUGCCAGUUGUGGAAUAUUGGCAAGUACGGUACUUGUGCUGACGCAGCAAUUACUGGCAUAAUGCCACCUCCACUGAUGGAACAACAGUCAAGUCAACGUUAUUACUGUGCAGUGGCCAUUGGAGAGGAUGCUGUGAUUUCAGCGUACAGACUUUCUGAGGACAAAGGCAGAUCUUUAGUUGGAGCUAUCUUGUCUAAAGUUGUACCUGCAACAUUUUCCACAAUAGCAUCUUUUUCUAAAUUGAUUUGGCGGAGUGAACAGACGUCUCCAAAGAAAUCCCCAAAUAAAUCAGAUCAGAAACCUCAGCCAUUUGCUCGAGCUGCACCUCUGACAUGUUUAAAGGAUCACCCUAGGAAAGGUGAGAAGCUUACCUUAUCCCCAAGCGGUACACUGGCUGCUAUAACAGAUUCACUGGGUCGCAUAUUGCUGCUUGAUACGCAAGCACUUGUGGUGGUGCGCUUAUGGAAGGGAUAUAGAAAUGCCAGCUGUCUAUUCAUUGAGAUGUUGGUGAAAAAAGACAUUGCAUCAUCAAGCUCUACUUAUGCUGAUCCAGUGAAGAGUGAUUACUGCUUGUGUUUGGCUAUUCAUGCACCUAGAAAAGGAAUUAUUGAGAUCUGGCAAAUGAGAACUGGACCUCGUCUUAGAACCAUUUCAUGUGCAAAAGGGAGUAAAAUGUUGCAACCCACCUAUAGGUUUGGUGCAUCAAUGUCCUCUCCUUAUGUCCCUCUGGAAGUUUUCUUGUUAAAUGGGGACUCAGGUCAGGUAUCAAUUUUAAAUAGAGCCUUAGAUUCUUGAUAGGUUUUGAUGUUACUUUUUUUGUUUUCUUUUUCUUCCUUUGCUAAGCAAAAAACUAUAUUUGUAAAUAAACAAGCCAACCUGGGGUUAUGAAGCCUGGCUAUGCACGGGGUCCUUGGAAAGUAUGAUCCUUGUGUGGGUCCAUAGGCAAUUUUACCUUGCAUUUGUUUGUCUAAUUCGAUGUUUUGAAUGGUAACAAG